UAUGGCUGAUUCAAUUCAUCGUCUUGAAGGACUUUCUAAUCAGGUUGGUGGGUUGGUCGUCAAGAAGAAGAAAUUAAACUCUGAUCCGGAUUUAAAAGCCCCACCAUCAAGAUCUUCUGUUCUAGGCUUAGAUGUCCUUGCUGCCCAGAAGCGCAAACUGAAAGAUGUAUCAGAAAGAGAAGUAGAGGAAGAAAAAAGUAGGAGGUCAAAGGUCAUAUCUUACCGAGAUGAGUGGGAGAACAAUUCUGAUUCAGAAAGUAAUGACUGUAGUGAUUCAGAUGAAGAGGAUACGAAAUCAAGGAAGAAGAGGAAACAUACUGUUCUGAAAAGACAUUACCGAGCUCCUCACUUAGAGACACCAUCACACACUGGAGGAGUGAGCUCAGAGGCAGUGGAGAGACAACAACGGAGAGAAAAGGAGAGUAGGAAAGGAGUUGUUUAUGCUUCAUCCAACAGUGAUGAUAGGAAAGGCAGGGGAUCAAGAGAAUGGUAUGAAAGAGAGAAGUACAGGGAUAGAGACAGGGGAGGUGGAAGGCAUAGAGAGAAAUAUAUAGACAGGGAUAGAAACAGAGAUAGGAACAGACGAGACAGACCUCCUGAUCGCCGUGCUGACCGCAGAGAUUCUGAGAGAGGGAGUCGCAGUGACAGAAGUGACAGGAGUGUUAGAAGCAAUUGGGAGCGUACUACUCGGACUGAUGAUGAUCUUUCUACUCCAAGAAUUUCAAGAGGUAUUGACACACCAUCUCGUACAAGUUGGGAGGAAGAGGAUGAUGUGCCAAAGAAAGCUCCAUCACAGUGGGACCAACCAACACCCAAGAUGUCAAGUCAACAAAAUGAUCUUAGUGAGAGAAGAGAUCGAAGUGAACGUGGUGACAGAAAAGAUAGAUCUAGUAGGAAAGAUGGAGACAGGUCACGUCAUAGAAGAAAGGAAGAUGAAACCCCCAGGUUGACCCCAGCUCAUCGCUACAACUCAUGGGCUAGCAAUCGCAAGAAGAGUGGUGCCACACCACAGGUCAAAGGUGGAGACACGGUCACAAGAUUCAAGUCAGCAGAAGAACAGGAAUUAUGGGAAGAAGAGCAGAAGAAAAUAGAUCGGCAGUGGUAUGGAUCUGAUGAGGGUUAUGAUGAAUCUAACAAUCCAUUUGCUGCUGUCCCUGCAGAGUAUGCAGAAAAGAAAGAACGUGAUCUAGCUACCCAGAAAGCAAAGAGAAUGUCAGCUCAACAGAGACAGAUUAACAAGGACAAUGAUAAAUGGGAGACUAAUCGUUUAUUGACCAGUGGAGUUGUCCAACAGAUUGAGUAUGAGGAUGUGGUUGAUGAGGAGACUGUUAACAGGGUUCAUCUUUUAGUUCACAACAUAGUACCUCCCUUCCUAGAUGGUAGGAUAGUAUUCACCAAGCAACCAGAACCUGUUAUACCUGUCAAGGAUAAUACAUCUGACAUGGCACAGAUUGCUCGGAAAGGCAGCAACGUAGUGAAGAAACAUAGAGAACAGAAGGAGAGAAAGAAAGCACAGCAUAAACACUGGGAGUUAGCUGGUACUAAACUUGGAGAUAUCAUGGGGGUCAAAAAGGAAGAUGAAAAGGGAACUGAAGAAGAGAAUAUUAACUACAAGUCCCAGCAGCAGUUUGCUGAUCACAUGAAAGAGAAAACUGAAGCAUCAAGUGCCUUUGCUAAGCAGAAGUCAAUACGGGAGCAGCGUGAAUACCUACCUGUGUUUGCUGUUCGUCAAGUGUUGCUUAAUGUGAUUAGAGAUAAUAGUGUGGUGAUUAUUGUUGGAGAGACAGGUUCUGGUAAAACAACUCAACUCACUCAGUAUCUCCAUGAGGAUGGGUAUAGCAAGUUUGGUAUGAUCGGUUGCACUCAGCCAAGACGUGUUGCUGCUAUGUCAGUGGCUAAGAGAGUUAGUGAAGAGAUGGAGGUUUCGUUAGGAGAUGAUGUAGGCUAUGCCAUCAGAUUUGAAGAUGUCACCAGUGAUAAAACCUUGAUCAAAUAUAUGACUGAUGGUAUUCUACUGCGAGAGUCACUACGUGAGUCAGAUCUUGAUCACUACAGUGCUGUAAUUAUGGAUGAAGCCCAUGAAAGAUCACUCAAUACUGAUGUUCUUUUUGGUCUACUAAGAGAGGUUGUGGCUCGACGGACCGAUCUGAAGCUCAUUGUUACUUCCGCAACUAUGGAUGCUGAGAAAUUUGCUAAGUUCUUUGGUAAUGUUCCUGUCUUUGAGAUCCCUGGUAGGACAUUCCCUGUGGAUACUAUGUUUAGUAAGAAUGUCGUAGAGGACUAUGUAGAUGCAGCAGUCAAGCAGGCCAUUCAGAUUCAUCUUCAACCACCUCAAGGUGAUAUCUUAGUCUUCAUGCCAGGUCAAGAGGACAUUGAGGUCACCUGUGACCUUAUUGCAGAGCGUCUUGGAGAGCUAGACAAUGCCCCACAGCUUGCCAUCUUACCUAUCUAUUCACAGCUACCAUCAGACCUUCAAGCUAAGAUCUUCCAGAAAGCACCUGAUGGAGUCAGAAAGUGUGUAGUAGCUACAAACAUCGCUGAAACUUCACUAACAGGUGGGUUUUAG